GGCGCCGUCUGGCCCCCGUGAGUCCCGCACCGGACGCCACCAGGGGAGGCCUCCCCUGCCAGCCCCAUGUGCCAAGGCCCGGUCUGUGUGUGUGCCCCCCUGGGGAUGCGGCCCUGCAGCUCAUCAGUGAUGGCAGUGUGGUCUGUGCUGAAGCACUCUGGGACCAUGUCACCAUGGAUGACCAGGAACUGGGCUUCAAAGCUGGGGAUGUCAUCGAAGUAAUGGAUGCCACCAACAGAGAGUGGUGGUGGGGUCGUGUUGCUGACGGCGAGGGCUGGUUUCCAGCCAGCUUUGUGCGGCUGCGGGUGAACCAGGACGAGCCCGCCUACGAGGAUGCCUUGCGGGCCGGGGACGGCGGGGCCGCGGAUGGAGGGGCCGAGGCGCAGAGCAGCAAGGACCAGAUGCGGACCAACGUCAUCAACGAGAUCCUCAGCACCGAGCGGGACUACAUCAAGCACUUGCGCGACAUCUGCGAGGGCUACAUCAGGCAGUGUCGCAAGCGCGCCGACAUGUUCAGCGAGGAGCAGCUGCGCACCAUCUUCGGGAACAUCGAGGACAUCUACCGGUGCCAGAAGGCGUUUGUGAAGGCGCUGGAGCAGAGGUUCAAUAGGGAGCGCCCCCACCUGAGCGAGCUGGGCGCCUGCUUCCUGGAGCACGUGAGCACGCCCCGCCCCGGACACCCCGCUGCCCAGGACCCACGCACCCUGUCUCCCCACUACGCGGGCCCCCUGCCCUGCCCAUCCCUGCUGGGGGUCCGCGCCCGGCUACACACAAACCCCCUGGCCCCAGCACAAAGCCUCCCUUCGCCCUUGCCUCCCGUGCCUGCCUCCCCUCAGAAGUCGACCCUGUAGGCUAAAGCCCAGGCAACCUGCUGCUCUUUGCCCAGAAGCAUCCAGGCCCCACACCCCUACUGCCCACCUUGCCCUCACGCUCCCACACGGUUUUAGCAGUGUCUCUUCUUGUUUGGGAGGCCGACCAAGCCAGAGAGGGCUCCUAGGAGCAGGGGUGCCUGGGCAUCUGCCUGAAAAGCUUUGCUUGGGCUAGAGUAAGUAGAAGACAGAGCUGGGCUGGGCUACCUGUUGAGCAUCCUCAGAGCUGUUCCUAACAGGUUCUUGGCUUCCUCACACACUGAGAAAACUGGAAUCUGUGGAAUGUACAGUGCUUAACUUCCACGCUAAAUGCCAGUUGGAAUUUAGCCAAGGUUCAUUGGCCUGGUCUAGGCUAGAUGGACUCCUGGCCUUGCUUGGUAAGGAAGGCACUUGUUACUAUCCCUCUCCUGUGGCAGUCACGUGCGGUUGAGCCGAGGAUGCCAAGGCCGGCCCAUGAAGGACAAUGUGGGUUCCUUCUUGGUGUUGGAAGGGCCCUGGCACCUCACUCCAGUGGCAGGAGGAGAACUGGAAAGGGAGACCUUAGACUUCCCGAGCAGGAACUGGGGGCGGGUCAGAGCACCUGUGUGAGCAUGGGAUUUGCAGCCAGUUAUUCAGCAGGCAGAGCUGUGAUGGGGGCGGGGGGUGGGGCAGGCACUUUAUCGAUAUUACCUAGUGUGACCAUCCCAGCAACCCGCCAGCCAGCCAACUGCUGUUACCCUCCUUUCCCACCUAAGUCCGUGAAGUCCUAGUCACUCUAGGGCACACCCAGUCUUUCUCUGGCUCUAGGUAGAUGGAACUUAAAAAAAAAAAGGCACUCUGAGUCUCCUGUACGAUACACACACAAUGUGGAUAUAUCUGUCACAUUGUGUUUGUUGAACAAAGUGGCAGUGGCUGUCUUUCAGAUAUGAAAGAGCUUUGUGAAGGAUAAGCAAGACACUGGGCCGAGGAGGAGAACAAUCCAGGGGACAUAGCCAUAGACCCUGGCAUCCAUUUA